CAGACGAGAUAUGCGACUACAGCAACCCACGCAAUCAGGAACCCUGGUUUUGCGUCAAACCACCUUCGGGAAGAUGUUCUAAGAUUAUAAACUUAAUACUCAACAGAACACAACCAUCUGUGUAUGACUUUGCAAAUGAAAUUUGCAAUGAAACGUUGCUCCAACAACUUGGCUGUAGUCGGCUUAUUAAAGGCUCGGGUUUUAAAAUAAAUGUACGGCCCGACCAUCAGAAACAGUUGCCAGCGUUACCUCUGUGUAGCAUCAGUUUAAAUGGAAUCACACCAACAAGACCGAACGGGUAUUUCGUUAAAGGUCUGUGGAAGUCUACGUUUUGUGAAAACAAGCUAAAAUCUUUUGCUGAAGCUGGGCCGUGUUUUCAGAAUAAAGACAUCUAUUUCUUGGGCGACUCUACGUCAAGACAGUAUUAUUAUUUUUUCGCAAAAAUGAUAGGAAUGGAACCAGUAUACCAGGAGGAUGGAAAAGAGACUCCCUUUGGCCGUGGUUGGAACCAGCCGAGAACAUUUCGAUCGGGAAGCACACAGAUGUACUUUCGAGGCCACGGCACACCUAUGCAGAAUUCAGGACCACUAAACGAUAAACCGUAUGUGAGUGACAUGUUGGAUGAAAUAACGCCCGGCGAGAACGAGGUGGUUAUUAUUUUUAAUCUGGGAUUACACAUGUUGUAUUUUGAACCUUCUUUCUUCAUUCAUCGUAUGCGGGGAAUUAAGGAUGCUAUGUUACGACUCAACCAACGACGAGCAAACGUUCGCGUGAUAUACCGAAGUCAACGAGUUCUAGAUACCAACACAAAAAGAAACAACGGCUGGCUUGUUUAUCGAUAUGGAGUUUUUAACUAGAGAGAUAUUUAAAGAUGUUAAAAACUUGUUUUAUUUUGAUUUAUGGGAUUUAUCCAGCGUUUGGCCGCUUAACCAUUUUCAUCCUAGGCAAGAACAUUUAGAACAGGAAGCACUUUACUUGUGUAACUUCAUCUGUAACGGAAUACUAGUGUAGUGAUGGUACACAUGUCGAUUAUAUAUACAGUUGUAAUUUAUAACUAUAUACAGAUGUUCUAUUUUCCGUAAAGUUGUUGAUGUAUUGACAGGUAGAUAAGUUUUAAACUUUCCGCUUUGUUCCGUGCGCGGAAUCGAAAUCGUAUUAAAUCAUGCUGACUCAUAUUUAUUGAACAGCGUUACUGUUGGGGGCGAGUUUUUCAGUUUUUCUUUGGACUUGCAUUGAUUUUCUUGUUUUAAGAGGCAAAAUUAAUUUCCAGUUUGUCUGUGAAUCAGAAAUACAUUCCAAAAAGAGAAAAUGACCGAUUUUAAAGUUAAUGUGAAAUGGGGAAAACAGAAAUACUCUGACAUUGAUGUGUCAACUGACGAACCACCAGAAGUGUUUAAACUUCAAAUAUUUUCUUUAACGAACGUCCAACCUGAACGUCAAAAAGUAAUGCUAAAAGGAACAACAAUAAAAGAUGACUGGGGCGACUUGAAAAUAAAAAAUGGAGUUACUUUCCUUGUGAUGGGCUCGGCAGAUGAGCUGCCAAAAGAACCUGUACAGAAAACUGUUUUCCUGGAAGACAUGUCAGAAGAUCAGCUCGUCUCAGCAAUGAACUUGCUUACUGGACUUGAUAACUUGGGAAACACAUGUUACAUGAAUGCAACUGUUCAAUUGCUUAAAUCGGUUCCUGAACUGGACAAGUCACUGCAGAGCCAUGCUACAAACCAAACUAGUGUUGGUCUUAUGUCGAGUCUUACCGGAGGUUCAACGGGAGGUAUUGAUGAAAGUGUAACUACUGGGUUUGCCAAUCUUAUCCAGAACAUGAAAUCUGGUUCACAAGCAUCAAUUAAACCAUUCCUGUUCUUGCAACUCAUCUAUAUGAGGUUUCCUCACUUUGCAGAGAAAACUGAGCAUGGUGUGCCAAUGCAACAGGAUGCGAAUGAAUUCUUGACAGAACUUCUGAGAAUAUGUCAGCAGAAUCUGAAGCCAAUAACCAAUGAUACCGAGCAGGAAAUGGCAACAGCAGCUACGAAUAAACAACGUUCGAAUUUUAUCGAUCAAUAUUUUGGUAUUGAUUAUGAUGUUGAGUUACAAUGUCUUGAUGAAGAAGCAAAAGAUGAAGCUGUUUCAAAAUCAAGUGAAACGUCGCUUCAGCUUAACUGUUUCAUCUCACAAGAGGUAAAAUACAUGCUAACUGGUAUCAAGUCAAAGUUGAAGGAAGAACUCACAAAACGUUCGCCUACAUUAGACAGAGAUGCAAAGUAUUGCAAGACGAGUCAAAUCAAGCGUCUUCCUGCGUACCUCUGUGUACAGAUGGUUAGAUUCUUCUACAAAGAAAAAGGAGGUGUGAAUGCAAAGAUACUCAAAGAUGUGAAAUUCCCAAUGAGCUUCGAUGCCUACGAAUUAUGCUCUCCUGAGUUGCAGAAAAGACUUCAGCCUGUGCGUGAUCGCUUUGAGGCAGAAGAAGAAGCAAAAGCAGAAGCACAGAUCGCAGGGAAACUGGCCGGAGUAAAGAAAGAGAUCUUGAAGAAAAAAGAUGAAAAUAUUGAAUAUGAAAGAUUUGAUUUUGAAGAUGACAUUGGAGCCAAUAACAGCGGACAUUAUGAAUUACAAGGAGUUCUCACCCACCGGGGACGAUCCAGUUCAUCGGGUCAUUAUGUGUCAUGGAUACGAAGAGAUCGGGAUGAGUGGAUGAAAUGUGACGAUGACAAUGUGACACCAGUUACUUUAGAAGAAGUUCUAAAACUAUCUGGUGGUGGCGACUGGCACAUAGCUUACGUCUUGCUUUAUGGGCCAAGACGUUUAGAAAAGAAAUCUACAACUCCUGCAACUGGUGAUGUGGCUACUACUGCUGCUGUUCCCAUGGAAACAGGGACGUCUAAUGGAGAUUCUUAACAUGGGGGCUUGUGUUACUUUAAUUUAGUCCUAAGUUCAUUAUUCUGAUGUUAUUGCUGCUUGUUGUGGAGUAAACUAGUGCACUGUUGCUAAGAUACAACAUUCUACUUUUGUAAACUGAACAUAAAACUUAUUAAAUACUCUAAGUUUAUAAAUAUGAAUUUGAGUGCAAUUAAUUCUGUGUUUAUUAUUUUGGCUUUGGAGACUUUGAACCUUGGAAACCUCGGACCACCUGCAAAAUAAAACGUUCAUUAUUUGA